CUGCCGGUGUGUGACGUCACUAAUUAGGUCCUAAAUAUAAAGUAUUGUUAGUGUGUUGCAUGCCAUGCUAUCGGAGCAAUGAAAAGGGUAUUUUCAUCGUAAAAUGGAUGAACAAAAUGUAGAGAAAUGUGGGUCUGUAAUCGGAGAACAUGCUUCAAACACAUUUUAUAAAGCAAUUAAAUUUUCAAAAAAUGGUCAAUACAGAAUUUUGAGCUUGGGAGAAUUUUUCUACAUUAAAAUAACAAAAUUGAGAGAUGUAUGCGUGGGGGAACUGCAGAUGAUAUGGACAAACAAGCAAGAUGAAAAUCAGUUAAUCUGCAACGUACGACUUUAUUUAUUGCCUGAGCACACCGAUGCUGGUAGGGAAGAGCAGCAUGGAGAGGACGAGAUUCUGGGGAUGUCAGAGAAGCUGAUUCUUAAGGCGAGUGACCUGGUGCCGCUCUUAAUGGAGAAUGUGACAUGGACCUUUGGACGGCCUCUGUAUCAGGAGGAAGACUUAGAGGCUAAGGGAGAGGAAUUCAGAAACAUUUUUGUCUGCAACAAAAAGGGACUAAACUUCUCUGAUGUAGAGAAAGAAAAGGAGGAAAUAGGCUAUAAAGGAGAUCUCACCUCAACUCCUCUUACGAUCCUCAGUUUCGCUCAGUACUGUAGGUACAGGACCGUCCUAAAAAGGCUUGAGAACAUGGUAGACAAGUGGCUAAGAAAUGCCAUUAUUUGUGCCAUUGGUGGAAUUGUGACGAAGAACAAGAAUGCCAGAAUUAUGUUCUGUAAAAACAUGGUGGAUGUCCCUGAACUGGAUGAUCUGGAGAUCAGAUGUGAUCAUCUAGCUCCUUCACUGAAAGGAAGACCAAGAAAGAAGAAAUCCCUGACACGCAGUGACUCGGACAGUUACGAGACGUCAUCAGAUGUCUCCACGCCUGGCUGCAAAAAAUUUGUCUUGACUGGAAAGCGAGAAUCAGCUCUAAGGAAUGGUUUAAAGUUUGACAACAGUCAAGUUAGCACAGAAGAACAAGAAUUUCUGUUUAAUCUUCACCGCUUCAUGAAGAAGAGAAACACCCCCAUUUGUCGUAUCCCAUCACUUGGAUUCAAACAAGUGGACCUGUACUUUUUCUACAGUUAUGCACAGAAACUGGGAGGAUAUGAAAUGGUGACACAGAGGAGGUUAUGGAAACACCUUUAUGACAAGCUUGGUGGAAAUCCAGGAAGUACCAGUGCUGCCACCUGUACACGCCGACAUUAUGAAAAGUUACUGUUGCCCUAUGAGCGUUAUGACAAAGGUCGUAAUAUUGAGAAGAAACAGACCAAACCACCUAAAGAGGAACUGGAGAGUAAAGACAGGGAGGAUAACUCUUGUAAGACCCCAACAGAGGAAGGCCAGGUCAAACCUAGGAGGAGAUUUAAAACCACUCUGACGCUCAGACAAAGGGCAGAGCAGUGGGAACAAAUCCGAAAGCUUAAGGAGAGGCAAAAAACCAUCAAAGGGAGAAAACCAGGCAGGCCAAGAACAGUAAAGAAUUUGCUGGACAGCUCAGAGAAAGAAAAGACACAGGCCAUUACAUCCUCCAGCAUCAAGACGGAGUCUCUAAGUAGAGAGGAGACAACAGACCCCCCAGGGGAUAGGACUGAAGGCUCAGUCAAAAUCAAGGAGGAAAAAGAAAGUGAGCUAGAUAGUGAAUCCAACUCCAAUGUGUUCAGCCAAUCAAAACUCUUCCAACAAAACUCGGUGCAAGGAUCAUCUAGUGCUAGCUUGAGUCACUCUAAGGCCAUGGAACGAGGAGUCCCUAACAUACCGGUACAUCAGGCAGCUAUGUUUUACCCACAGACAUUUAUACCCCUUGGUGGAAUCCAUCAUAUGGGCCUGCCUAUCAUGAAUCAGUUACCCAUGGGAAUGCCAAGGUUUUAUAAUCAUCCAUCAUUAGCUCCAGCCUCUUCUGAUAAGCAGCAUUCAUUUCGUCCAAAUAUUCUCAGAAAUUCACAAAAAACAUCAUCUCUAGAAAGCAGACCAGUUCAUGCCUCAUCCAAACACUCGGGCCAUUCAUCAUCUCAGUCCCUCGACCCACUCAUGCCCACGCAUACUCAGAGUCGACAGCCAACAAGUACAUCCCCCUGUUCUUCUGGUGGGUCUUCCCCCCAUACACUCAUGGUGCCUCCUGCUCACUCUAAUGGACUGAAAAGACCCUACUCAUCAAAUCAGCUCCAUGUUCCUAAUGCUUCAGGGUCAUCUUUUGCCAACAAGUCAUUAUUAUUUGACUUUGAAAGUACCAAACGUCAAAAACUGGACAUAGUUAACAGUAAUAAAAUAGACUGCUCUGAUGAGCCAACUGACUUAAGUAUGAAAACUCUGAAGAAGAAAGAGAAUUCAGAGACCAAUGAGAGAAACAGUACUCCCGGUUUAACUAGAGAAACCCCAGGAUGUCUGGUCAAGCGGGAGAGAUCUCCUGCUCAGAGUCUACACCGGGUCCAGACUUGUCCAGCAGGAUUGGAACAUCCUCUUGAUAUUCCCCACAGUGUGUUCAAUAAACGACCAUCCUCUGUGUUCAGUCCUGCUGUUUACCCAAAUAGCAAUAUGGUGGAUUUAAGUAAAAUACCGUCAUCCUCUUCACAAUCUCAGGAAGGGCCAAAAACAGUUAAAAUGGAGGAAAAGUCUCAGGAAUCUAGACCGUCAAGAAGUGCUAUCAAGGGUCCCGAGUCUCACAGUCCUAGGAUGAAGGACGGUCUGCCCGAUCUCCCCCCAGGAAUGGUCCACCCAGCAUUCCUACACCCAAUGAUGCGUCCCACAGUCCCUCUCCCUCAGGCCGGCUACUUCCCUAUCCCCUUACAAUUACAACAGUUGUACCAGGCCCAGCUAAGAGCUAGUGCUGCUUAUGAUGGAUUAUUACAACGAGAUCACACAGCAUUUAAUAGUGUACCUAUGUUUGUUCCUCAAAUGCCAGUGUUCUCCCAGAGAGACAAGAAGUGACCAUGUGCAAUGUGUACCUAUAUUCCUUAUCCAAGUGUGUAUAGACAGUAUCUGAAAGUAGACCAGAAUUAUUACUAUAACCUCCAUUCAAAGAGUACAGAGAAAUAUCUUCAUUGACUGCUCUCAAUUUUCUUAUGUAAAUGUACUAUUUUUUUAUAUAUAUACUGUGAUUAUAUAAGUCUACAGUAACUUUUAACUUUGUUAACAUUAAGACUACAAAAGAAGUACAUAAUAAGAAAAUCCAAUACAAAAAGGUUAAAGAUUUCAUAUCUUUAUAACUUCACACAUUAUCUUGAAAUAUUCCUUGAUGAAUAUGGUUAGAAAAUGGAGAAUGGUGGUUGUACUGUUUCUAUAGUUUGAUAUUUUUGCUACAUUGUCAUCUGUUUAUCAUGUUAAAAACUUUAAAAUGUAUGUUGAUUUUUUUUUCUUAUUGUCAUACCUAUGUAUGUUAUAGUAUUUCUUGUUUUUUGUUUUUGAACUUUUUUUAUUUCUAUAAAAUGUUAAAAUACCAAUAGCGAUACUAGCAUAAUACAGAAAUUCCCAUGCUUUAUUACUUUAGUCAGUAGACAUUGUUUGAAUGAGAUUAGAGGGGAAGCUGUGAUGAGAGGAGCAAAUUUCCCACUUCUGUAUUGUUUGUUACUAUGGCAACUGCAAAUGUCCAUAUCAUGAUUUCUUUCUGCACAACAUAUUGAAGCCAUUUAUUUGUAUGUAAAAUGAAAAAUCAAAAAUAGGAGAUAAAGAAAAUACACAUAUUUUUAGAUAUAGGAACUUGAGACAAUCUUAGCAAAAUCAGGUAUAUACAUGUAGUAUAAUA